AUGUCAAAGUCAUCAAGUAAGAUUGUUUUGAUAGGCUUCAGUGGUGCAUCCUGUUCUGGUAAAACUACACUAGCUAGGCUCCUUAAACAAGUCCUACCAAAUAGUUGGAUAUUUCACCAGGAUGAUUUUUUCAAGAGCGAGUCUCAAAUUCCAAUUGAUCCAACGACAAAUCUUUCUAACUGGGAUUGUCCUGAUGCAAUAGAUUUUCCAAAAUUCAUUAAAACAUUACGUCAUGUACAUAAAACAGGAUCAUUACCCGAUUCUUUCAAGUCGAAGGAAAGGUUAAAUGCUAGGAAUGAUUCUGAAAUUGAAGCUCAUCUAGGAUCAUUAAUCAAAGAGUUAUCAAGUCAAAUUGGUAAUGUGUUGAAUGAUAGCAACGAAAGCAAUGGCACUGAUAAAAAUGAUUCAAAGGACGAAAAUGAGAAAAAUAGUGCUUCAAGUAUAGAUAAUUCAAAUUGGAAGUUUGUUUUAGUAGAUGGAUUUCUUCUUUAUUGGGAUAUGCAAGUUGUAAAGGAAUUAGAUAUUAAAUUUUUUGUUCAAGCUGAUUACACAACGCUAAAAAAAAGGCGAGAAGAACGAGCUGGAUAUGUUACUGUUGAUGGUUACUGGAAAGACCCGCCAAACUAUUUUGAUACAAUGGUAUGGCCAAACUACAUAAAAUGCCAUAGACAUUUAUUUCAAGGUUAUUCGGAAAUCAAGUUAAAUGAAUUGGUUGUGUUAAAUUCGAAAGAUAUAAGGGAUAUACGUACGAAUUUAGAAAUGGCCGUUGAGAACAUCUUGGAGUUUAUUAAAAGCAAUGAAAUUGUUGAAGGAUUGCUUGAGGAGUAA